GUCGGCGUCCGGCCUCGGCGGCCCGGCGCCGCCGCCGCGCCGGCGGCCCGGGACGCACUUGCCGCGGCUCGGGCCCACGCCAACGGCCCACAGACACACACGACGAGACCGAAAUGCCCCAGAACCCCCAAAGCCGAAUAAUUCGCGAACGAACAAAUUUGGCCCAAACUAACGCCCCAGAGCCCCCCGCCGCGACGCUCACCGUCCAUCCCCCGCAGGUCCGCGACGCGCGGAGUUCUGACGCGGCGGCGCCGGACGGGCGACGCCUCGCCGAACAUGAGGACGGUCGCCGUGCUGGCGACGGUGGGCGCGGCGCGCGCCGCCGCGGCGCCCGACCGCGUCGCCUGGGGCGCGCGACGACGCGCGGCGCCGGCUUUGGAGGCCGAGGCCGUGCCGCGCCAGGACGCGCCGCGCGCCGCCGACGACGGCGCGUGGUGGGCGGCCGCCAAGAGCGGCGAGUCCGCCGCCGAGCUCGAGCGCAUGUCGUCGCUGCUGCGACGGCAGCUCCAGGACGGCGCCUACUCGUACCUGUUCACCGAGGGCCCCACCAAUAUGCCCUCGCCGCAGCCGUCGCCCAUGCCCAGCGCCAUGCCCGUGGCGCAGCCGACGCCGGCGACGAAGUCGCCGACGCCGGACUGCGGCGACGACUCGCUGUACACGCUGACGCUGACGGACACGGACGGCGCCGACGGCUGGGGCGGCGAGACCUACACCAUUUCCUCCGACAGCGCGACGGUCGAGACCGGCACGCUCGAGAGCGGCGCCGAGGACGCCGUCCAGUUCUGCCUCGCGGACGGCGCGUACACGCUGGCGCUGUCCGGCGCCGGCACCGCCGUCGAGUUCGCGAGCGGCGGCCUGGGGCUGGUCAGCGGGCCCAUCUCCGUGCCCUUCGAGGCCGCCGGCGGCGACGUCAACGCGGCGCCGACGGCCAAGCCCACGCCGGCGCCGUCGGACGCGCCCGUGCCGGCGCCGACGCCGAAGCCGACCAUGUCGAUGGCGCCCUCAUCAAAACCGAUCCCGGCGCCGACGGCGGCCCCCGUCUUCGCCCCGACGCCAAAACCGACGCCCGCGCCCGUCCCGGCGCCGACCAGCGCGCCGACGACGGCGGCCGUCCGCGAAGCGGCCCUCGCGGCCGCCGCGGCCGCCGCCGAAUCCGGCAGCAGCGGCGGCGGCGGCACGCCCCAGACGGCUUCUGCGGGCUUUAUCGUGCUCUACGUCGUCGCGGGCGUCGUUUUCUGCGGCCUCAUCGCCAUGCUCGUGGCGUGGCAGCGACAAAAGGAGCGGAAAUUGACCGAGAGGAAGGACUCGUGGGACAUCUCGACGAUGUUCACGGACGAGGCCAACCUGCCCGACGCCGAGGAGAUGAUCGAUGUCGAGCCCGAGCGGGGCGGGGCGGGCGCCGCGCUCGCCGACGGCGACGGCGCGUUGGUCCCUCUUGACGAGGACCAGCCCCAGGCGCUCCAGAAGAUUACGCAGGUGCGAAUCGGCGUAGAAAUGAAAUUUAAGUUCACAGCGACGGCGUCGACGCGACAAGCUCGCCGUCGACGCGGCCCCGUGAGAGUCUACGCGUCUCGCGAAGGAGCCGCGGUUUCGCGACGAUGUCGUUCCACACAGGCCGCAGAACUGUGAUCAGUCUUCUGGAAAAAAAAUUCCCGCUCUCCCCCGGGCCCGGCGCAUGUGGCGUCCGGUCCACCCCCUCCCUACCCCGCGGUCACGGCCGUACCCCUCCCCGCCCUCCCCGCCCACCCCCUAUGUAACACCCGAUACGACGAACUAGAUUACCGUGACACCGCGCUAGACACAACACAUUACGAUCGCAGCGAUGGCGUCACUGAG